AUGGCAGAUGAUACGCGGGAAGAAACGAAAACAGCGGCGUCUGUACCGCCGAAGAAAAAUGCAAAAGGGGUGAUAUUGGAUAAAGAUGGGAAACCUUGUCGAACAUGCAACACCCUCUCCCAAUUCCGCAGCGGCACGAAAUCCAUCUCGCACCUCCCCUCCUCCUCCUCCUUCCCCACCAAAUCCCCCUCUUCCACCCCCUCCACCGACGACUGCCCCCCCGACGUCGAACUCCUCGGUCGUUCCUCCUGGACACUCCUCCACUCCAUCACCGCCACCUACCCGGUCGCCCCCUCGCCCACCCAACAGUCCGACGCGAAAACCUUCAUGUCGCUUUUCGGGAAGUUGUAUCCGUGCUGGGUCUGCGCGGAGGACUUCCAGGAUUUCAUGGCCAGGAACAGGGUGAGGACGGAGAGUCGCCAGGCGUUUGGGGAGUGGAUGUGCGAGGCGCACAAUGAGGUUAAUCGGAAGUUGGGGAAGCGGGAGUUUGAUUGUAGUAGGUGGGAAGAGAGGUGGAGGACUGGGUGGAGGGAUGGGAGAUGUGAUUAG